AUGCAUGAGCUCGGGGAUUGGUUUGCUGGGUCUCUCGCUUGCUUGCUUCCUGCAGCGCAAUUUUCUCCUCGUCCCAAUAGAUUUGCCUCUACGCUUCCAAACUUAUCUGGGUUGCGGUGCGUUGCAACAAAAAUUACCUUGCGACGAGCUCUAAGGAAGCUCGAGAUCGCUGCGUAUGUCACGAUUUUGGCGACGUUUGCUUGAGAACGGCGGCCAUGCAAUCGUUGGUUUGUGAUCGUGAAAUGACGGGCUUGACACAUGACAAGAGAUUUCUCUUCUUAGACGUUGAGUUAUUUCGUGUUAACGUUCUAAAAUGCAUGGUUGUGUGCGGAGGAUUCGAUAAACUUGAGGAUUGUGUCACGAUGUUCGUGAUUGAUGGGUGCAGAGGAAACUAUUCCUUGUCUGGAUUUAUGAGUGGCUUCAUAAUGGAGGGCUUGAAUUCUGAGAUUUGGAAGGAAGUGCUGUGGAUAUCGUCCACGGUAUGAGUUGUAAUUGAGGUUUUUCGAUACGAAUUAUUAGUUCCUGGACGCAGAAUGUGAGAGGUCGCGAACAUAAGCACGUCGUUGUGUUUUGUCAGAGUGACGGAGUGCCACAACUUCAACGGUUGUCUCGAUUUCAUCAAGCACAACCUGAAGUGGGUUGAAUUGUACCGCAGCUUAGGAUUAUAAUUUUUGGUUGGGAUUUGGAAACAUGCUGCUAUUUCAAAUGCCGAAGCUUCAGCAUUCCAAGCCUUCUGUUGUGGAUAUUUGAAAACGCAUUGGGGAGCACUGGUAAACCCUGGGGGAGUUGGAAUAGCGACGUGCAACUAUCUCUGCAAAACCCAGUUUUAGUGUUCUGUCGCAGGAACAGAGCUGGAAGGGAUGUGUGGUUGCCUGCCUCCGGACAUCAUGUGUCCUUCUCCAUUGUGACAGGGUUCAAUGAUCCGCAGAAGCAUCUUCAACAUGUCACAGUUCUGAAUUAAAGCUUUGUACCAGUCUGGACUGCUUCAGCUGUCUUCCUGUGACUCCUGUACUCUUUUAAGUGAUGUUAAACGCACAUGUAAGGACAAAUUAUGCCCAAGCCCUGGCAGAAUUCAGAGCUUGAUGUGGGUACUGUUCUAGUGAUGAGGUACAUUUUAUUCGUGAGUGCGAAGACGAAGGCGAUGACCCAGUUUUCUUUCCUUUGGACUUCCCCUGUUUCCCUAUUCUUCUCGCAAUCUAUUUUGUAUGGUUAAUGUGUCUGUUUCAUUGAGACCGACUCUUGAGAAUAAUUAUGGUAGUUGCAAUCAGGCCUAGCGUGAUACGAAAUUAGCUACCGUCUGCACUUUGGGACUGUGCUCAAGGAACCCGUGCCAAACGCGACUGGUCUUGCUAAAUGUUCUAGCAGAUCUUCACUUUCCCACCAGCUCUUCGUAAAGUGGGUUAUUCUUUAAAACAUCCGUUGGCUCUAAAGGCUAGACAAAAAUAGUAGAAAGGACUGGGAAAUUUCUAGAUGUCAUAAACUUCUAGUAUCCCGACCGAGAGUUUUAGGUUAUGAUCCGAGACAUCAAUGUACGAGGUAACCCCCGGUGAUGGCGGCGAAUGUCUAUCCACUUGAUGUUUGAAUAGGCAAUACUUGUGUGCUUGCUGACCUCCACAGGUUACUUUUAGAAUAUGAAUAUGAAUCAGUUCAUAUAUAUAUAUAUAUAUAUACACGUACAUACUUGCACACACACAUGAUGACUUGAACUGGUAGCUUUCGCAAAGAGGAAAUUGAAUGUCAUAGCUUCAUUUUGCAUCUGCUACAAUGUGCACCCGAGAGAGUGGUUAAGCAGAUACAUCCCACUAAUACCCUCCAGGGAGACUUUGCUGCCAACAAACAUCCGAUCUAAGUAGUCAAUCCUUUGUAGUUUGAAAUAAGAAAAGUGAUUAAGACGUUGUUUUUCUGGAGAUGAAUGCCAAGCUAACAUGCUUUUCUUCCUGAGAGGUUAUGCCUCAGAUCUGUUUUAAACUUAGUAAAAUGAGGGAGGACAGCUUCCUUAACUUGGAUGGACAGCAUUUGUGCAGCAGAACACCAUGGCCAGUCAGUGAACUGGGCACAUCCGACAAGCAAUUCCACUCAUCCGCCCCAUAUAAGCCCUCAUGGGUUUUCAAUGUUCAGCUCAUCAAGUUUCCUCGAGACCGAUGGUGGAUUUAGGAUUCCUUUGAGUUUACCAAUCCAAGGUGGUGCACAUAGGCGAAGUCCUGCAGGACAUAUCCCACAAGUAUCGUCAGCAUGGCUUUCGGAUAGACUUAGCUCUCCAGAUGGUGAGGUUGUAUUGAAAAAAUGUUCACAUCGUCGAUCAGCAAGUGAUUCUGUCGCCUUUGUGGACAGCUCUUAUCAAUUUAUGAGCUACUUAGAGAAUGUAACUGAAGAGGACGAGUUCAUACGUCAGGAAACAGCUCUUUCUACUUGCAUGCCAAAUCAUCGAAGGGGUUUGAGUGCAGGUAAUGACAGUAAUCAUCAUGGUCUUCAGUGUAAAUUACCUGCGACACCACGGUCAUAUCCUGAAAAGGUUGCGAGAGGAGCUCAAAGCAGCAGAAGGGAGAAUUUCGUUAAGAUUGGGGGUGUUGAAUCUUAUCAUAGACAACACAGACAUGAAAAUUUAGCAGCUUGUAACCGUGAGGGUUUUAAUUUCGCGAAAUCUGGGUCCUUGGAGGUUAGCUGGAACGCAGAAAAGGACAAGAAGCAUGUUACUCUAGCCAUUUCUAGCUCCAAAAGUGACUGUUGGUUAGCAUCCAGAGAUUCCGAUCAGGUGGAUCCAAAGACAGCACAGCGAAUUCUUGCCAACAGGCAGUCAGAUCAAAGAUCACGAGUCAGGAAGUUGCAUUACAUCUCUGAGCUCGAAAGCAAUGUUGGUAAAAUAGAGGUAGCUGAAGUCGCCUCGCUCUCGCCUAAGAUUAGAUACCACGAGCACGAGAGAGUACUCUUGAAUGUGGAGAAUGUAAUACUGAAGCAGAAGUUAGCAGCUCUAACAAAAGCUCAACGAUUAAAAGAGGCUCUCAAUGAAUCUCUGAAGUCGGAAGUUCAAAGGCUUCGUCAAAUGUUCAAUCAGGAGCAACCUCCAGCAUUACAAUAUCCGCAACAACGACCUCUUUUCCUAGAUGUCCUUGACCUUCAAUUCCUGGAGUUCAGUAAGCUUGAUCUUGGUCCACCGACUACAAAGCCCAAGUUACCUAGUGUGUUUGAAGGUGUGAGGGGCUCCAGUAAUCGACCUUCCUUGUACUCAACCAAAGUGAUUUCAUUCAUACAUGCUCAAGAUAACAAUAAUGCCGACAGUCCUUCGUCACAUGCCGCGAAAGGCUUGGCACUACCAAGCUGCAUGGCUCCUGGUGGCAAGGCCUAUGGCGGGGGUUUGAUGGCGGACGCCAGCACUUCUUCCUUGGUGAACAACUCCUGAAUUUGUUAGAGAAUCUUUUUACAGAGCACAAUGAUUUGUGAAAUCCGACUUCAACCUGGAUCAGGUCGUUGAAGAAGAGCUAUGGAGGUUCCAUUGGAGAGUCACUCAAUAAUAAAGAACCUAUCAAAUAUGUUCCAAUUUCCUAACGACGUGAAAGUUUUUGGUUUUACUCGGAAGUUCAGCAGUGGGCAUCAGUGGCGCUCAUGCAUGAGUGCGAAUCCUCUGAUGUAGGGUCAGGGGGCAUCGCACACAGCACAUCUUUGUGGAACUUAUUCUUUGGAGGGACUCAACGAGCUGUAGGGCCAGGAAGUUCUCAACAAGCCUUUUAUGAUAAAAAGAAAAUGGUAACGAAUUUGUAUUACAACCCUGCAGUUAUCAUGAUAUUCCAUCUCUAUCUUGGUGUAUGCAACUUUUCA